AUGCUUCGUUGUCAAUACUCCUGUCUUCGGCCCUUCUCUUUACCAUCCCCCAUCUACCCUUGUUCCCUUUUCUCUGCAUGCCGAUUAUCAUUCAUCCCAACCCUAAUACACCCUUUCCUCCCCUCAUACACCCUUACUCUUCUUCCUUCCUCCGCCCUCCCCAACCACGCACCUCUCGGGCCCUCACCUCACCCACCACUCCCUCAUCCCCCUCUCUCCCAACCCAACCCCCACCCCCACCUCCCCUUCCCCUUCUCCGCCCCUGUUGCCCCCUCCCCCCCCACCGCCAGUGUGCUAUCAGAGGCCUACAAUGUCCGAGGCUCCAUUUCAAACCUUGCACUGCCCCCCUCCCUGCGCGUGCUGGACAUGUUUGGGAUUGGAGUAACUGGUUCGCUACCAUCCUCCAUCCUCUCGCUCUCAGCUCUCGCACACCUAGACAUUGGUCGCACUUUUGUCUCUGGGAGCCUGCCCUCCUCUCUCACCCGCCUCUCCCGCCUCACAUUCCUCAACAUCGGAGCAGAGAAAAUCACCGGGCGUUUGGAGGACUUUUCGUGGAUCUCAAGUCUCACCAACCUGCGCUUUCUUGAGUUGAGUUACAUGCUGAGCUUGGAUGGAGAUCUCUCGUCGCUCACAUAUCUCACCGCCCUCAGAUCCAUUCAGAGCCUCACUAUAUCAGCAAGCUUCUGGACUGGAGAACUGCCUGUGCUCCUCGGCUCCAUCACUUCCCUCACCUACUUGGACGUUUCCGGUCUUGCAAGUGCACAGUUUCCCCGAUGGGUCAUGGACUUGACAGCACUGCGAUACCUCGAUGUGUCUCAUGACAGCAAUUAUCGCACAGGAGUUGUGCCGCAGGACCUCUACCGCCUCAGCUUACUGGAGUACUUUGAUGCAUCAGGCAACGGAUUGGUUGGUGCGCUUCCAGAGUACUGGACCGCUUUGAACCACCUCACCUACUUGUCGUUUGACAAUAACAAGAUCGAGGGCUCCAUUCCCUUCACGUUCUCUGCCCUCACCUCCUUGAGCACACUAAAACUGCGUAUGAACAGCAUGGACGGCAGCAUUCCACACGUCUUCACUACUGCUCUUAGCAACCUGAACCUCGACAAUAAUGACUUUUCUGGGCCCAUUCCUCCCUUUCUUGGCUCCCUCACUGCCCUCUCAAACUUGGUCCUGGCUUCAAACAACUUCACAGGGCCUAUUCCAGCGACCUUUACAGGCCUCACCAACAUGUUUGAUCUGUACUUGCAUGACAAUCAACUGACGUCUGGGCUUGAUGUGGUUGAGCGUAUGACAUGGCUUCAAACUGUGGACAUUUCUUACAACAAAUUCUCGGGUAGCUUCCCCAGACUUUCGGCAUUGCCAUUCCUCAUGUCUUUGAGUCUUCGAGGCAACCGGAUUCAAAGGCUGUUUCCUACUGAUCUGCUGAAGCUCACCAAUCUUAUGACUCUAGAUAUUGGAAUGGGCGAUUUCUACGGGCCCAUACCUGACGGCAUAUCAGAACUACAGAGUCUGCUAUACCUAAACCUUGAUGGGAACAACUUUCAUGGGGAGAUCCCUCUUGGCCUCUUUGCGCUCACAAGCAUUGAUCAGUUGAGUUUGAAUGACAAUCGCCUCAGUGGGAGCCUGCCCAGCUCAUUAAAAUCAGAAUCCCUCAGCAUGUUGAGGCUUGAUGGGAAUGGAUUGUCGGGCUCUCUUCCUGAUUUCGCGCAUUGGAACACGUCUAUUCUCGGAUACUUUCAUCUAGGGGGCAACAACUUCACAGGUUCCAUACCGCAAUCAAUCAGCAUGCUGACUUCACUGGACACCAUUUCCUUGGCCAACAACCAGCUAACAGGGACGUUGCCUACAUCUCUUACGACCCUCACCAAUCUAGCGGCCAUAGACCUGCCAGGCAACAGCUUCUCAGGACCCUUACCCGCUGGUCUGGGGGCCCUCUCCAACCUUCGUACCUUGUCCGUAUCUGACAACCAGCUUACGGGGAGGCUCCCUCCAUCCAUAUGCAACCUCACCAAGCUAGAACAAAUGUCUAUCCAGAACAACUACUUCUAUGGGAUCUUUCCUUCGUGCCUCUUUGAAUACUGCUUGCACAAGAUUGACAUCAGCAACAACAGCUUCUAUGGAGAGAUAAACAGCAACUUCCGCAGCAUGAUUCCAGACAACGGCGCUCUGCUCAACAUCGCAGGCAACUUCUUCUACGGCGACCCCAUGCUCUACGCUGAUGGCUGCCAGUUCUGCCCCUCGGGGGGGAUUCAGCCCCUUGUCUUGACACCAAGCGACUUCGUCAACCCCUCUGGCGGCCGGUGUGCACCCCAGGGGAUGGGAGGAUUUGUUCAGACAACACGUGCAGGGGCCAACAAGCAGGGCAAGGCGAGUCUGAAGAGGAACUGUUUCAUGCUGAACAAGCAGAUGGAGUGCACGGCGAACGAGACGCAGCGCAGCAGCGAGGAGUGCCUGGCAUUCUGCAGCAUGUCGCGGGAGCUGGGGCCGUGCGAUGGGCACGGAGCGUGUGUGCCGCCGCAGGCGGGGGCAGCAGAGGCGCGCUUCACGUGUGAGUGCGACGACGGCUUCGUCCCCACCAACGGCACCCUCGGCUCCACCUGCGCCCGCCCUGCUCCGCCCCCCACUGCAGCACUCUCCACGGGUGCAGUGGUGGGCAUCGCUGUGGGCUCUGCUGCAGCCUUUGCUCUCCUUCUCGCUCUCGUUGUCGCUCUUCUCUGGCCCCGCCAACGCCGGCGGUGGAGCGACCUGGACGUGUGUCAGGAGUUCAGCAUGGGGGAGAUUCUGCGGGCGACAGACAACUGGGCGAGCAGCAAUGUGUUGGGGAAGGGCGGCUUUGCCACCGUCUACAAGGGCGUCUCCAGCAAGGGAGAGCUUUGGGCUGUCAAGCGCAUCGCACUCAUGUCCAACGACUUUGAAACCGAGGUGCGGGCGAUGGCGUCGCUGCGGCAUGAGAACGUGGUGCGCCUGUUGGGCUUCUGCCUGCAUCAGAACGUGGAGAGCGGCCAGCAGGAGCAGAUCCUCGUCUACGAGUUUGUGCCCAACGGGGACCUCAAGUACCACAUCCACGACUCAAAGA